UUUCUAACGCGCCGCUUCUUCUGAAACUUCAAGUUCAUGCGGAAUCUCGAUGUACGACAAGGAAAAAGAGCAAACUGACACUGUCACUGACCCCGGAUUCAUAUCAUUUUUUGGAAAACUUCCGCCAAAAUCGCCAGAUUCCGGCACCUUACGACUUUUCCAUCGUACAGGAACUGAUGCUUAUUACGCAGUCUACGGUCCAGAUGCCCUAUAUGUCGCCACACAUGUUUAUCACACAAAUUCUGUCAUCAAAUAUCUUGGAGCGGGAGGAAGAGCUGCAGGGCUGCCUAGCGUGACAAUGAAGACUACUGUCGCACAGAUGUUGUUACGGGAGGCCCUAACUAUCAAGCAAUUGAAAGUUGAAAUAUGGGUACCAGAAAGUGGGCAAGGAAAGAGAGUCACGAAGUUUGUUCUCGACAAAGAGGCGUCGCCUGGAAAUCUACAAGCAGUCGAGGAUCUGCUGUUUGUUGACACUGACCUUACAACUGCGCCGAUAGUAAUGGCAAUCAAGAUAGCGUCGACGGCUUCCUCUUCUGGCGGCAAAACCAAAUUGAAAACAGUCGGUAUAGCAUUCGCAGAUACCAGUGUGCGCGAACUCGGAGUCGCGGAUUUUGUCGACAACGAUUUAUUUUCCAACACUGAGUCUCUGAUAAUACAACUCUCAGUGAAGGAGGCCAUCCUUCCCACUGGGACCGCUUCAGGAUCUACGGAUCGCGACGUCGAUCUUAACAAGCUUAAGGCCGUACUAGACCGAUGUGGCGUUGUGGUCACAGAGCGAAAGCCCAGCGAAUUUUCAACAAAAAAUGUUGCGGACGACUUGCCUCGUUUACUCUCAGCGGCUGCCAUGCCAUCUGCAACGGAGAACAGCUCAGCGGAUGCAUCCGUCACCAUUCCACUCCCAACUGCUCCAUCUGCGUUAUCUGCGCUCAUCACGUAUUUGUCACUUCUGUCCGAUCCUUCCAAUCAUAACGCCUUCGCAAUCCGAACACACGAGUUGGGCCAAUACAUGCGUCUUGACGCCAGCGCGCUGAGGGCACUCAAUUUAACGGAAGCUCCAGGGAAUGUUGGAGUAACAACACGAAAUACGACGUUACUUGGUUUGUUGAAUAAAUGUAAGACGGCUCAGGGCACGAGGCUUCUCGGAACUUGGCUUAAGCAACCACUGGUGAACAUACAUGAAAUUAAAAAACGCCAAGAUCUGGUCCAAAUGUUUGUCGACGAUACAAACUCUCGUCGAACUCUACAGGACGAAUACCUGAAGUAUAUGCCUGAUUUGCAUCGAGUGAGUAAGAGAUUCCAGCGGUCGCAAGCGAGUCUCGAAGACGUGGUGAGAGUGUAUCAGGUUGUACUCAAGCUACCGGGGAUGAUUGAAACCCUGGAGAGCGUACAAUCAGAAGAAGAGGAGUCUUAUAAGCUGUUGCAAGAGAUGUGUCUGCAGAAACUAAAAGAGCAUGAAGGCAGUCUUUCAAAGUACUCAGAGAUGGUUGAAGAAACCCUUGAUCUGAAGGAACUGGAUAAGCACAACUAUGUAAUUAGACCAGAUUAUGACCCCCGGCUACAGGACCUUGCAGAAAAGCUUACCGAAGUCCGAGAUGGUCUGGACGACGAGCACCGUGCGGUUGGUGACGAUCUCAACAUGCAACUAGACAAGAAAUUGCAUCUCGAGAAUAACGCGACCUACGGUUACUGUUUCCGGCUAACGAAGAACGAUGCAAAAGGUCUCUCUACAAAGAAAUAUAUGGAGCUGGGAACUAUAAAAAGCGGUGUAUUCUUUACUACCAAAACUUUAAAGCAACUUGCCGAAGACUACCAAGAAUAUUCAAGCAAAUAUACUCGAACGCAGAGUGGUCUGGUGAAAGAGGUUGUAAAUAUUGCUUCCACAUAUACGCCUGUUCUUGAAUCAUUGAACAACCUUCUGGCACAGUUGGAUGUGAUCUUGAGUUUCGCCCAUGUGUCUGUCAACGCUCCCGAGGCCUACGUCAAGCCCGAAAUACUACGAAGUGGUGAGGGAAGCCUUAUCCUUCGUGACGCCCGACAUCCCUGUCUAGAAGUUCAAGACGACGUUUCUUUCAUAGCCAACGACGUGGAGAUGAUCAAAGAUCAGAGUGAAUUUCAGAUUAUUACCGGGCCCAAUAUGGGCGGAAAGUCGACCUAUAUUCGUCAAGUAGGAGUAAUCGCACUGAUGGCACAGGUUGGUUGCUUUGUGCCAUGCUCGGAAGCGAAGCUUCCUAUCUUUGACUCCAUACUUUGCCGUGUCGGGGCUGGAGAUAGCCAGUUGAAGGGGGUGUCAACAUUUAUGGCUGAGAUGUUAGAGACCGCAAUCAUUCUUCGGUCUGCCACGAAAGAUUCUCUAAUUAUCAUCGAUGAACUUGGAAGAGGAACGUCGACGUACGAUGGCUUUGGAUUGGCUUGGGCUAUCUCAGAACACAUCGCAUCGCAAAUACACGCCUUCUGUCUCUUUGCUACACACUUCCACGAGCUCACUGCGCUGGACCAGCAGCUUCCGCACGUUAAGAAUUUGCAUGUAGUUGCUCAUGUAGGGGAGAAAGGGGCAGAAGAUGAAAAACGAGAGAUCACUUUGUUGUACAAGGUCGAACCCGGAAUAUCUGACCAGAGUUUUGGUAUUCACGUCGCAGAGUUGGCCAAUUUCCCCGAAAGCGUUGUGAAGCUUGCGAAAUGCAAAGCAGAUGAACUGGAGGAUUUUGGCGGGGAUGACAAGGAUAUGGACGUGGACGUUCCGCCUGAAGUGACAGAAGAAGGUAUCCGAAUCGUGGAAGACUUUCUUCGCUCUUGGGCUUCUCCGACGGAUGGGGAAGAUGUUGUUAUGGAGGAGGAUGAGGAGAAGGAGGCUUCGCCGGAGCAGCAACUUGAACAACUGAAGGCUCAUGUUGAGAAAUUUCUUCCUCAAAUCGAGAGUAAUCCAUGGUUGAAGUCGCUUCUGACUACGUUCUAACCUUUGACGAUGAAUGCUUGCUUUACAGCCCUUUGCAUAAUUCCGUGAAAAUGGGAAAUUUUUUUUUUACCGGACCGCCCAUAAGCGACUUCGACCGAGAUCUCCGGCCUGACAGCUGACUGCUUGGCGUCGUGCCCAGUAACAGCGCCAUACCUCUGCACACUGUCUCCUCACAAUGUACAUGCACCUAAAAUUUACUGGAAUAGCUGCAAAAAGAACAGGAUCCAGCAGUUAUUGACUAAAAAAGGCACUAAUGUAAUAACAGUGUGUCGGGAUGUUGAGCGG